CAUUACUUGUAAUAACAAGCUGUUAUGUCUGAAAGGAUGGAAUAUUUGCCAAUAAGCUACAAUCCCCCUGGACCUGAGACGACCCCUCACAAUCCCACGCCAAUCAGGGAUUUAUUAAAAUCAUUGCUACAUGAAGAGCUGGAAAGCCAUCAGAAAGUUAAACAGGAGCCAUCAAAAUGGACUAAAUCCUUCCAACUCCAUCAUCACUUCCACCCAGGUGAGGUUAAAGUCUUUGUUAAGGAUGGUAUCUUACGAGUUCAUGCGAAACACGUAAGAGGAGACGAUGACGAAAACUGUGACAUUCGAGAAUCAAAGCGUUGUGUUGUUGUCCCUAGUGACGUCAACCGAAGUCAACUCCAUUGUUAUAGCCAUGGUCACCAGGUGAUUGUUGAAGCCCCUUUAAUAAAUAAAAAUGAAGAGGAAGGGGAUCAAAUUAAGGUAGAGGAUACAGAUGAGAUUCCCGAUGAGAAUAACGAAACCUCGUGUUUCAGACAAGACAUAGAUCUGUCCGUCUUUAAACCUGAUCACAUCAGCGUACAACGUCGAGGAAAUGACGUCAUUAUCAGAGCUGACCACUGCCAGGAUGAGGACGGAAUUAAGGUCUCGCGAUCGUUCCAUCGAGAAUUCAAAAUUCCUCCAAACGCUGAUGCAGGGAAAUUGUGUUGUUACAGAGACAAGAAAGGAAGUCUGGUAUUCAAAGCUUCACUCAACGCUGAAAACAAUGGGUAAUACGAAACAUUUUUUUUUAUAUGGAAAGGUUUCUACAAAUAACAAACAGUCUCAACUGACCAAAGGGACUCUCAAAGCGAGUGGCUAACGCUUUCAAAAGACACGCGUCUGGAAAUUCAUGUAAAAUACUAGAAGUAAUAUCGAAAAUAAACGAAACUAAUUUUAA